GCACAUCCCUCUUUGCGGCCCGUGGGCUAGGACGGGGUCCCUCCCCUCAGUGCCUGCCUCUCCAGCCACUCAUGGCCGAGGCAGCGUGCCCAUCGCCCAGUGCUCUUGACACUCUGUGCUUCAAGGUGAACGAGGUUGGGCAGUGCUGCCCUUAGCCCGAGUGCGGUUCUCCACACGGGACCUGGUCCUCCAGAGCAGGAGGCAGCUCGCUGGGGCCCGGGGGCCAAAUCUGGCUCCUCCUGCCUCUUUCUGUAAAUACAGUUUUAUUGGAAUACAGCCACACUCGGGCGUUUACAUAUUGUCUACAGCUGUGUUCAUGUCACAGUGGCAGGGUUAACUAAUUACCACUGGGACUGUAUGGCCUGAAAUACUUAUUACGUAGUCCUUGGUAGCAGAAAGCAUGCUGGUCCCGGAUCUAAGGGGUAGGUGGGUUGGUUGGUUCUGUAUUUAAAGCAGUGGAACCCAUUCUUCAAACCCAACGUUGAGGCUGAGGCUCCUGAGUUAAACAGCUUGGCAUGGGGGAGCUGUGGGUUCAGUGGGCUGGGGGCUCCAUGGCCUUGGGUCUCGCUCUGGACCUCUGGGCUCAAAGCUUCCUGAGCGGCUGUGAAGACCACUGCUCUAGACCUGCCUGGAUGUGGUCUGAUGGGUUGAGCCAGGGCCACCGGGUAGCUUCUCAGGGAUCCUGCAGGUGCUCUGCAGCCUGGGCCCAAGGGGCAGCUGGUGAACCUGUGUGCCUCCACACCAGUCCAAGUCUGGGAGAAGGAGGCUGUAAGGUAGUGCCCUGCAGACCAUGAACUGAGCACUGGUCCCAGACGGUUCAUGAGCACAGUAUAAGGUGUGCCGAGAUCACCACCCAGCAAGCCCCUCCCCUGCCCAGCACUGAAGACCAGCAGAGAAGAUGGGGAGGAAAAAGAUUCAGAUCCAGCGAAUCACCGACGAGCGGAACCGGCAGGUGACGUUCACCAAGCGGAAGUUUGGGCUGAUGAAGAAGGCGUACGAGCUGAGCGUGCUGUGCGACUGCGAGAUCGCCCUCAUCAUCUUCAACCACUCCAACAAGCUGUUCCAGUACGCCAGCACCGACAUGGACAAGGUGUUGCUCAAGUACACCGAGUACAACGAGCCGCACGAGAGCCGCACCAACGCCGACAUCAUCGAGACCCUGAGGAAGAAGGGCUUCAACGGCUGCGACAGCCCGGAGCCCGACGGGGAGGACUCGCUGGAGCAGAGCCCCCUGCUGGAGGACAAGUACCGGCGCGCCAGCGAGGAGCUGGACGGGCUCUUCCGGCGCUAUGGGUCGUCCGUCCCGGCCCCCAACUUUGCCAUGCCUGUCACGGUGCCCGUGUCCAAUCAGAGCUCCCUGCAGUUCAGCAACCCAAGCGGCUCCCUGGUCACUCCUUCCUUGGUGACGUCAUCCCUCACGGACCCCCGGCUCCUCUCCCCACAGCAGCCAGCGCUGCAGAGGAAUAGCGUGUCUCCCGGCCUGCCCCAGCGGCCGGCCAGUGCAGGGGCCAUGCUGGGCGGAGACCUCAGCAGUGCUAACGGAGCCUGCCCAAGUCCUGUUGGGAAUGGCUACGUCAGUGCCCGGGCUUCCCCUGGCCUCCUCCCUGUGGCCAACGGCAACAGCCUCAAUAAAGUCAUCCCUGCCAAGUCUCCGCCCCCACCCACCCACGGCGCCCAGCUCGGAGCCCCCAGCCGCAAGCCCGACCUCCGCGUCAUCACUUCCCAGGGAGGAAAGGGGUUAAUGCAUCACUUGACUGAGGACCAUUUAGAUCUGAACAACGCCCAGCGCCUUGGGGUCUCCCAGUCGACCCACUCGCUCACCACCCCAGUGGUUUCCGUGGCAACACCAAGUUUACUCAGCCAGGGCCUCCCCUUCUCUUCCAUGCCCACUGCGUACAACACAGAUUACCAGUUGACCAGUGCAGAGAUCUCCUCCCUACCAGCUUUCAGCUCGCCUGGGGGGCUGUCGCUAGGCAACGUCACCGCCUGGCCACAGCCCCAGCAGCCCCAGCCACAGCCCCAGGCCCAGCCCCAGCCCCAGGCCCAGCCACCCCAGCAGCAGACCCACCUGGUCCCGGUGUCCCUCGGCAACCUCAUCCCGGGCAGCCCACUGCCGCACGUGGGUGCUGCUCUCACCGUCACCACCCACCCCCACAUCAGCAUCAAGUCGGAGCCUGUGUCCCCAAGCCGUGAACGCAGCCCUGCGCCCCCCAAUCCGGCUGUGUUCCCGGCCGCCGCCCGCCCCGAUCCUGGCGAUGGCCUGAGCAGCCCUGCGGGGGGCUCCUACGAGUCAGGGGACCGGGACGACGGACGGGGAGACUACGGGCCGGCCCUGGGCCUGCUGCGCCCGGCCCCAGAGCCCGAGGCCGAGGGCGCAGCUGUGAAGAGGAUGCGGCUGGACACCUGGACAUUAAAGUGAUGACCCCACUCCCCUCCUCUCAGCCUCCCUGAC